AUGCGGCCCUCCGAAACAACUUUAGGUCCUAGUUCACAGUUUGAAGAAUAUGCUGAUAGUGAUGAGAUGGAUGAGAUGCUACUGGAAGGUUUUGGGAUGUAUGAUACUCGUACUUUAGGAGAGGAGCAAGAGUCUGAAGAUGACUUGGACGAUGAUGUUGAAGCAUACUAUAGAUUAGUUAAUGAUGGACGCCGAGAGCUGUACCCAGGUUGCAAAAGAUUCUCUAAGGUGCAAUUUUUGGCGAGGUUGCUUCACAUCAAUAAUAUGAGGGGAAUGAGCAAUGUCUGCUUUGAUGAGAAUUCUAGAGCUGAAGAAGAUUUUGACUUAAGGAGCCAUGAGGGAAGUGAUGAGGAAACUGAAUCAGAAGAUGGAGAAGAUGGCACUGAACAUGGUGAUGAAACUGAAUCGGAAGAUGAAGAAGGUGAGUCUGGACAAGAAGAUGAACAUGACCAAGAAGAGGAAGUUCGACAAGAACAGGAGAAAACACAUGAAGUUGUAGAGAAGACAAGAAGAGGACCUACUCACAUGAGGCGCUUUUGGAAGGAACAUGAUGUUGAUAACAAGAUCAAUUUGAAGUUCAACAGAUUUGGUCAGCCAUGUGGUUUGAAGACAUGCAAGCUGACAAAUUUUAUUGGAACCCUAGUGAAAGGAAAAGAAAUGUCCUUAGCUGCUCAAAACUGGAGCAAAGUACCAAAGUUAGAGAAAGAAAAGUUGUGGGGUUCUGUCCAGGCUUUUUUCAACAUUGAUGAGUCAUACAAAAGAUGGGUGUUGAGAUCAGCUAGUAAAAAAUGGAAAGACUUCAAGGUUGUUUUAAAGAGGAGAUACUACAAAGCUGCUUUGUCACACGCACGGAAUAUUCUUAAUGGUUCUGAUAAUAGAAUACCAAUUGGACAGUGGGAGUGGCCAGUAAAACACUUGAGAACAGAUAAAGCUAAGGAAAAAUCUGAGAGAAACAAAGCCACUCGAGCAUCGCAACUCAAGGGAUGCAACAGGACCCACACCGCUGGGUCACGAAGUUUUGCAGUUGUCCUUGAUCAAAUGGAAAUGGUAGAAGGUAGGGAAAUUGGGCGUGCCGAACUUUACGUGGUUACGCAUACGAAAAAUAAUGGAUAUCCAGUCAACCAACAAAGUGGAGUAAAAAUGGAUGAAAUUAAAAAAAGGAUUCGGGAAGAUCCUUCUUUGAUUGGUGAGGAGGCCUAUGAUGGUGAUCUUUAUUCAUCAAUUUUCCCAAAAGAAAAGAAAGGAAGGCCAAGUGGCCUUGGUCUAUUAGUAGGUGGAGUCGCUUCGGAGCGCCUUGCUCAAGUUGAAGCUGAACUACAUGCUGCUAAAGAAGAGAACAUGGAGCUUCGGCAUGUGGUGCAUACUCUAGUGGCAAAUCAAACUUCAAUAAUGGCCAAGAGUGAGAAAAUGGAAGAACAGUACAAUGAGCUAAAGAGUUUGAUCAUAGCUUCUAGGGGGUCAGUUGAAAUGGGCGGAAUUCAAGAAAAGGAGCUUCCAAAUAAAGAUCCUUCUAAGGACUUGGAAACCAUGAAUGACAAAGAACAAGCAACUUCACUUUCACAUACUACCAAGGCAUCUGAGGCAAUGGCUGCUCCAAGGCAUCCAGAUAAGGUGAAGGCAUCCCAACUAGAAUCAACACUAUCUAGUCUUGCGACUGUGCCGAAACCAAAGAACGCAAAGACAAAACAUAAGAAACCAGGAAUAUUUCAAACACCGCUCCAAAAGGGGCCAAAGGAUGGAUUAGAAGAUACCAUAAAGUGUGGCAUGGAAGUUAGUUUGACGUUGCCAAAUAGUGAAAGUGUGGUGGCAAUGGGAACCAUUCAGAAAACUAAUAGAAAAGCUAAAGCUAUUGAUGGCCAACCACUAGCUGAUUGUGUUGAAGUUCUUGUCAACAUCGUGCUCAAAGAAACAACUGAGCUGCCUCAUGCACAAGGGAAAAUAAACAAGCUAGGAAAUGCCCAAGCUAGGUGUAUUCCAUGGCCACACAAAAAUAUUAUGCAAACAGAUCGUACUACCAUGCUUCACUCUAAGGUUUCUAGUGUUUGUAGUCAGAUGUCUUUCAACAAUAGAGAGAAUGUAGAUCCCAACAAAACAACCACUGGAACUCAGGUGACCGACCAUCAUACUGGUUGCAGUACUUCAGAAGGUCCAGUGAGGAAUACACUGAAGAGAAAGAAAGUUUCUGAGACAACAAGAAUGAAAAAAGGUACUCGGGCAAUCUCCGCUACAACCGGAAACAACAUACUUAGGAAUUCGGGCACGGAAACAUGAAAGAUGGUCAUAGGUGCAAGCUGGAAGUCAAGCUGAAGGUGACACAUUGCUACUGGAGUGUGUGACAACAAUCUGGAGUUGUUUUGACAAGAGGUGUACAUGUGUAUUGGUGAUCUAAGAUGCUCAUUUAAGUUGUGACAGAGGUUUUGCUCAUUUAAGUUAGACAUGUUUCAUUGAUGUACAAUAUUCGACAGCAUAAUUUCUGAAUGUGCGUUUGUUUCUUUGCUGGAGUAUA